AUGUCGGACGCGUUCUGCAGCGACUGCAAGAAGCAGACGGAGGUUGUGUUCGACCACUCCGCCGGCGACACCGUCUGCUCCGAGUGCGGCCUCGUCCUCGAGUCGCACUCCAUCGAUGAGACCUCCGAGUGGCGUACCUUCGCCAACGAGUCUGGCGAUAACGACCCUAACCGUGUCGGCGGCCCCUCAAACCCCCUCCUCACCGACGGUGGCCUCUCCACCGUCAUCGCCAAGCCCAACGGCUCCGGCGGUGAGUUCCUCUCAUCCUCCCUCGGCCGCUGGCAGAACCGCGGCUCCAACCCUGAUCGCGCCCUUAUCCUCGCCUUCAAGACCAUCGCCACCAUGUCCGACAGGUUGGGACUGGUUGCGACCAUCAAGGAUCGGGCUAAUGAGAUAUAUAAGAGGGUUGAAGAUCAAAAGUCUAGUAGAGGAAGAAAUCAAGAUGCGUUAUUGGCUGCUUGUCUCUACAUUGCUUGCCGACAAGAAGACAAACCUCGGACUGUUAAGGAAAUUUGCUCUGUUGCCAAUGGGGCCACCAAGAAGGAAAUUGGCCGAGCAAAAGAAUACAUAGUAAAACAGCUGGGUUUGGAGAAUGGUCAGUCUGUGGAGAUGGGUACAAUACAUGCUGGGGACUUUAUGAGGCGAUUCUGUUCUAAUCUUGGUAUGAAUAAUCAAGCUGUUAAAGCUGCUCAGGAAGCUGUGCAGAAAUCAGAAGAAUUUGAUAUAAGGAGGAGUCCCAUAUCAAUUGCUGCAGCAGUUAUAUACAUCAUAACUCAGCUUUCUGAUGACAAGAAACCUCUUAAAGAUAUAUCAUUAGCCACCGGCGUAGCUGAAGGAACGAUUAGGAACUCCUACAAGGAUCUUUACCCCCAUGUUUCAAAAAUAAUACCAAAUUGGUAUGCCAAGGAGGAGGAUUUAAAGAAUCUUUGCAGCCCUUGA